CUUGACAGAGCGGGUUGGUGGAAGGUUGUUUUGUUUUGGGAGCUUUUGCUGCGCUGCCACCAUGGCGAGCUACUCUCGCGUCCUGCUCCGGAUGCUCCCUCUGCGGCGUUGGCCUCUGCCCGGCCUGGGCCCCAUCUGGCUCAGCGAGCCGCAGCCGGCGUGCAGGCCCCUGUGGCCGGCCAACCCCAGCUUCGUGGACCGCGUGAUGGCCGACAUGGAGAGGCAGUUCCAAGAGAUGGAGAAGAUGAGCCGCGCCUUCUUCCAGGCGACGCCGCUGCCUUUCGGAGGGGAGCGCGAAAGCCACAAGGAAGCCUCGGAGGAGAACGCCUGCCCGGCCGAGGGUAAAAACCAUUACCGCUUCUCGGUGGACGUGGCCGGCUUUACUCCCGAGGAGAUGACGGUGAACCUGGAGGGGAGGAAAGUGACGGUGACCGCCAAGCGCCAAAGGGAGAGCCAGAGCAAAGACCGCGGCUACUGGGUGGAGCAUCAAGAGCUGCGCCGGGAAACCCUCCUGCCUCCUGAUGUGGACCUUCAGGCCAUCGCUUGCUCUCUGAAUCCGGAUGGGCAGCUGUGCAUCGAGGCCCCGCGCCUGGCCGAAUCCGAGCCCGCGCAACACACCAUCCCCAUCGAUGUGAAAGCAGCCGAUCCGAGUCCCGGCGGGGAAGACAAGCCCAAGGAGCAGUGAUCGUGUGGAUGAUGUUCCUGACACGCACAUAGAAUCGCCCUAUAUGAAAAUGAGCAGGCUCAGCUGCUCCCUUUAGGAAAAUAAAAAAAAAAAGGCUCUGCGGCCUUUCCUUGUCUACAAUAAAGCCUCUUUCAAUUUACCCGUGGACGUUAUUUCUGAAUGUUGUGUUCUGUGGGUCUGACAACCAACUGGUAUAAACUUAAGAUUUCAGAGGAUGAUGAUGUGCUGAAAAAGACUGUAUUAAACGGAGUGGGUGGGAAUGGAGGUUGUCUUCUACUGUGCAAACAGCAAGUUGAAUUCUUAAAUGAUGGGUAAAAGUAUGACUGACUAAAUGUGGGUGUCCUGUAUGACAAAAAAAAGUGGACAUUGUAUUUAUUUUUAAAGAAUAAACUUA